AAAGAGGAGGAGGAGGAAGGGGAACCGGCGGCGCUAAGACCCCGGGCGGCGCGAGGCUUCCUCGGGCGCGCCAAAGGCAGAAGCAGCAGCAGCGGCAGGAGGAAGAAGCAAAGCAAGCAGCAGCAAGCAGCGCCUCCCUCCUCCUCCUCCUGUUCUCCCUUUGGCAACCUUCUCCUCCUCCGGCACGUCAGCUCUUCCUCAGCCUCGAUGGAUGGAGCCUCCCUGCCGCCCCCAGAGGUGCCGCUAUGUUUCUGAUUCACCGCUCGGCUGAACUCCCACAUCCAGUUAAUCCUCGUCCUCAGCCUUUCCCAUGGGCUCACCAGUAUCAUUUGUCUUAUCCAGGAUGGCCGCUUGCGGAGGCACCACCAAAAAUAGGCUCACGGUAAAUAAGCACGUCUGGGACUUUCUAACCAAGGAAAGCCCCGCCAAGCUGGUCAAGCUGAAGGAGGAAAACAAGGUGAGCAUCUUGAUCGAUGGCGAGACUUCGGAGAUCUACGUGCUCCAGAUCACCAUGCCUGCCCACGGGCCCAGCAAUGGCCUCUACCUGGCCCGCAAGGCUCUCAAGGCUCUGCUGAAGGAGACUGAGAAGGAGCUGAAGAAAGCCCAGCGCCAGAGCGAGCUGAUGGGCUGCAUGGCCUUAAUGGAGAAGAACAGGGAGCACGGGCCAGUCGAGCUCCAUCGCCGAGGGACUGGCUUGAUAUCCAGAGGGCAGCAGACCUCCGGGCCCAGAGUGGUCAGUGGGAGCGGAGGGGUCGCCGGCUGCUCACGGGGCGGGGAAGAGGAACAGGACAGCCAGUGCCCCAUCUGCUUGGGGGAGAUCCAGAACAUUAAGACUCUGGAGAAGUGCAAGCACUCCUUCUGCGAGGACUGUAUCACCCGGGCCUUGCAGGUCAAGAAAGCCUGUCCAAUGUGUGGCCGUUUCUAUGGGCAGCUGGUGGGCAACCAGCCAGAGAAUGGACGCAUGCUGGUCUCCAAGGACUCAAGUGUGCUGCUCCCUGGUUAUGAGAAGUAUGGCACCAUCAUCAUCCAGUACGUCUUCCCACCUGGCAUACAAGGGGUGGAGCACCCCAAUCCCGGCGUCCGCUACCCAGGCACCACCCGCGUGGCCUACCUACCCGACUGCCCUGAAGGCAACAAGGUGCUGGCUCUGUUCCGUAAGGCCUUUGACCAACGCCUCACCUUCACCAUCGGCACUUCCAUGACCACAGGACGAGCCAAUGUCAUCACCUGGAACGACAUCCACCACAAAACCAACUGCACAGGCGGGCCACAGCUGUUUGGCUACCCUGAUGCUACAUAUCUUGCCCGGGUGCAAGAAGAACUACGAGCCAAGGGCAUCACCAAUGACUGAUCUUAUUCCCUGCUCCCCUAUGCCCAGGAAUGGCUUGUCCUUUCUCCCAAGUCCAGCCGUUGUGGAUGGAGCAUUCUCACCUAUUGGAGCCAACUGUCUCAUGAUGUGGUCUUGAUCCAGAGCACAGAGCCUGGUUAUUCAUAUUGAGAUGACAUUCCAAGUUGAACCAGUUACCCGAAGAAUAAGGGACCAGAGGCCUAUGGACAUCUGUGUGUGUACAUGAAUGUGUAUGAGUGAGAAAGAGAGAGAAUGAAUUCAACAUCUGCCUUUGAAUUGGUUCCAGUAAGAAAAAGUUCAAGCCCAGCCUACACACUGCACAGAAUGAGACAGUCGAGUCCUGGACUGUAGAUGCUCAGACUAUUUGGUAGAAUGGGAUCACUAUUUUAAAUGAUACCCUCUUUAAGUUCAAAAAGAAGCUGAAAAAGCAACUUCCUGUGUGUAGUAAACAAGCAUAUCAGAGAGAGUCCUGUGUUGAAUCCUUUUCUAUGAUGUACUGGAUGACUAUAUGCAGGAAUAAUUCGUUUACAGAACAUUUGAAAAUAAUAGCCCUGGUAUCUCUCAUCUGACAUCACUUAAGUCCAGGUUUUUAUUAGCUGCAUAGUAAUAGAUUGGCUCUUUGACCCAGAAAUAGGUUAAUGAAGAGGCAAGCUCUUUUUGCUUGUUCACAUUUCUGCCUCAUUCACAUUUCAAAAAAGAGAUGGGAGUUGGGUUGUUGUAGGUUUGUAUAUGGCCAUGUUUUAGAGGCAUUUUCUCCUGACGUUUCGCCUGCAUUUAUGGCAAGCAUCCUCAGAGGUUGUGAGGUCUAUUGGAACUAGGAAAAUGGGUUUAUAUAUAUCUGUGGAAUGACCAGGGUGGGGCAAAGAACUCUUGUCUGUUGGAGCUAGGUGUGAAUGUUUCAACUGGCCACCUUGAUUAGCAUUUGAUGGCCUGGCAGUGCCUGGGGCAAUCUUUUGUUGAGAGGUGAUUAAAUGUGCCUGAUUGUUGGGAGUUGUUUUGAUUUACCUUAAGAGGAGGGUUCUGGUGACAGGAGCUUCUCAACAUUACUUCCCUUGUGCUCUUCCUCUCCAGUCUCUGUGCUCUCCAGGCAAGAAAACUUGUGAGAUUGGCAGAAAGCUCGGAGCAGGACUACGGACAGGGUUGUUAGAGGAAGAAGGAGGUUCUGUAUUUCCCAUUUGGGUGCUCUGUUUGAUACUAAAAUGAAGCCUUCCUACCUGCGCUUUUAGUGGGCGUGAAGAGAUGUUGUGUGUGUGUGUG